AUGCAGCGUGCCUGGAGACAAUUAUUAUUAAAACGGAAAAAGACAGAUGGUCGACAAUUACCCACGAUUCCAAAAGGUUGCUUUCCAAAACUAUUAAAAUUGUUAAUUGAUGAGCUUAAUAUAAAUGCUUCAAGGAAUAUUAUUGCUGGAUUUAAGAAAACAGGGAUUAGCUCUUUAAAUGGACAUGAAAUAUUAGCUAGACUUCCCGACAGAGACUUAGGUGCAGACAAUCAAAGUGUUGUGGAAGAUUCUGUAGUAACACUCCUCAGAGAAAUGAGAUAUGGUUCCAUGAAUAUCAUUGAGCCUAAAAGAAAGAGAAAACUCAAUGUACUCCCAGGUAAAAGUGUCGCUGCAGAAGAAAUUGAAGACUAUGCAGAAAACUGA